AUGGAGGUGGAAGGGGCAGGGGCAUCCCCGUUCGAAGGCGAUAUGCCGUCCUCGUUUGCAGCCGAAACCUUUGCCGCCGAGGCCAUGGCGGCAGACAUGGACCCGUGGAUAAAGUUCGACUCCAGAAAAACCCCCAGGUCGGAAUUCGACGACUGGCUGGCGAGCAACAGGCCUUCCCGAGUGAGCAGAUACGGCGAUGAGGAGCACGGCGUUAGCCCAGUGGGCUGGAUCGCCGUGUACGGUCCAAACUACAGCCCCUGCACCGGCGACGUGGACGCUCUCCAGGAGGACUGGGAGAAACUCGUCGCCAGCGAGCGCCCAGUCAACUUCCAGAACAUCAAGGAGCUGGCCUUGAACCACGAUGUCCUGGUGGGAAAGUGGCUCAUGUACCUUGACUCCGGCUUCAAGGUGGACCACGCGUGGGAGUGCGUGGCUAGAGCCACGGUGGACGGAAAGAUCUUCAGUGCUAAAGUCAGCCCAAACGACUAUAAAAGCAGCAGGCACGUCAUCUGCGUUUACAAUAAGAACUUCACCGACGAGAGCCAAGUGGUCCAACUGGACGCUCAUAUCCGAGCCUCGGGGGUCAAAUGCCAGCUGUCCUACAAGCCGGACGUGUACACGUACCUGGGAAUCUAUCGGAACAACCGCUGGAAGCUUUGUCCCACAAUUUACGAGAGUAAAUUCAACCUGGAGUGUGUUCCUAGGCGCUCUCACAUUGUCAACAAAGUCACCAAUCUAGAUGUCACAUCCUGUAAGCCUGACCACUAA